CGAACCCCAGGCCUAAACUUAAUAGACCCUCAAUAGAUAGAUGCGUUGAAGUCUUCUUCCGAAACAAACAAUGGUGAAGAGUGUUAUCUCAAUGGAUCAGCUGAAAGUAUUGUGGCACUCUGAGUUUCACAAUGAACCAAAAUGGGCUGCUAACAUGAAACUUGUGAGAGCAGUUGGGGUGUUUGCAGGAGGAAUCUUUCUCAUGCGUAACUAUGGUGAUCUCAUGGCUGUCUGAAGAAAACCUAAAUAACAAUGGAGGAGAUUGAACAUCCAUUAGUUUUUUUUUUCACUUUCUCGACUUUUGUACUUCUUCAAGAUGUCUCUUUUUUAGACUUUGAUGGUCUUAGUUUCUGAUUUCACCUAUGUGAUAUAUAUUAGUAAAUCUCAGCUCCAGAUUUGUUUUCAGUGACUCGGAUUCUAUGAUAAUGCUAAAGAGUUAAAUUUUUC